AUGCACAAGCUAGGCCUCUUAGGUUGCCCGGACCCUGUGAGCGCUGCUGACAAUCCCAAAUUUUUGCUUGGCAGUGGACCUAUCUUUCUGUUCGAGGACUGCGCCUAUAUCAAAGCAGAAGACGCCAUUGUACAGCAUGAAAAGGUCAACAUUCUCGAAAGCCUGAAUUAUGUACUCGAUAAAGGGCUAUUUUCGGUUUUGUACCGGGUGACUGUGAACAUCUGCCCAUUGGAAGGCCACGCCCUUCUGGGUAAGGUAGGCGAAGUGGAUUUUGGCAUCACAGAAUUCCCGGUUUUAUACCAGGCGUAG